CUUUGCACCCCGCGGCGGCUGAGAACGGUGGCGGCUGCAGAGCCGGCAGUGCAGGCGGGCGGAGCAGAGCUGCCCGGCCCGGUGGCGGGCGAUGCCCCCGUGAGCCUCUCUCGCCGCCCCUCCCCGCCCCGCGUCCCUACCUCUUAGGAGUCAGCCACUCGCCAGGGACCGGGCCGCGCCUACCGCCGGGUCCGCGGGGCGGGGUCGCGGGGCAGCACCUGCCCCGCCUUGAGGCGCCGCUUCGGCCCCAGAGACCCCUCCCUGUCUGGACCGCGACCCCACCUCGGGACUCUCGUCACAUCACUUCCUCCUGGGAGCUACCCUGAUUGCCUUCACCUCCUUUCUUGAAAACUGGGCUCUCAGCAGAGGGGCCUGAAGCCGUGAGUUAGUGCCCUAGUGGCCUGCUGCUGAGAGGGGCAAGCCCCCUGGGAUGCAGAACACCACACUCAGAGUCAUCCGAUUGAGUUGCCUGAAACCCCGCCACCCCACAGACCAUGUUUAACGGGGAGCCGGGUCCAGCCUCGGCUGCGGCCUCCAGGAGCGUGGUGAGGAGCUCCAGCAUCAGCGGGGAGAUCUGCGGAUCCCAGCAGUCUGGGGGUGGGCCCGGGACCACCACAGCCAAGAAGCGCCGCAGCAGCCUUGGGGCCAAGAUGGUGGCCAUCGUGGGCCUGACGCAGUGGAGCAAGAGCUCGCUCCCACUUCCGCAGCCUGAAGGGGCCAGCAAGAAGCUGCGCAGCAACAUCCGGCGGAGCACCGAGACCGGCAUCGCUGUGGAGAUGCGGAGCCGCGUCACGCGCCAGGGCAGCCGGGAGUCCACCGACGGGAGCACCAACAGCAACAGCUCGGAGGGCGCGUUCAUCUUCCCCACCACCCGGCUGGGGGCUGAAAGCCAGUUCAGUGAUUUCCUGGAUGGGCUGGGACCAGCCCAGAUUGUGGGCCGACAGACACUGGCCACGCCACCCAUGGGGGACGUGCACAUUGCCAUCAUGGACCGGAGCGGCCAGCUGCAGGUGGAAGUGAUCGAAGCUCGGGGCCUGACCUCCAAGCCAGGCUCUAAAUCCCUUCCAGCCACCUAUAUCAAGGUUUACCUGCUUGAGAAUGGAGCCUGCUUGGCCAAGAAGAAGACAAAGGUAGCCAAGAAGACCUGUGACCCCCUGUACCAGCAGGCUCUGCUCUUUGACGAGGGGCCCCAGGGCAAGGUGCUACAGGUGAUCGUCUGGGGAGACUACGGCCGCAUGGACCACAAGUGCUUCAUGGGCAUGGCCCAGAUCAUGCUGGACGAGCUGGACCUGAGCGCCGCCGUUGCCGGCUGGUACAAACUCUUCCCCACGUCCUCAGUGGCAGACUCUACCCUCGGAUCCCUCACCAGGCGCCUGUCCCAGUCCUCCCUGGAGAGUGCCACCAGCCCCUCUUGCUCCUAAGGACCUCAGGAAGAGGAGGGAUGCGGUGUAGGAAGGGGUGCCUGCAGGCGCCCCCCUCUUCCCUGUACAUAGUCUAAAUGUCUCUCUGAACCCCUUGCCCCGCUGCAUGCCUGUUGGCUACUGGGCCCGUCCCGGUUGGCAGUGGAGACUGUAGUGUGUGUGUGUGUGUGUGUGUGUGUGUGUGCACGCGCGCGUGCGUGCGUGUCUGUGUGUGUCUCUGUGUGCCCAUGUUAUGUCCGUCCAUUUGUCUGGGUAUAGUCAGUCUUGGUGACUACAUGGUUGCAAUCUAUGUCUGUGUCUCAUUGAAAAGAAACCCAAAGGCGUGUUGUGUAGACACGACCCCCCGAGCCCGGGGGUGGAAGUGGGGUGUGGCCGUGGGUUCUCCCUGCCUGGUCCUGUGCCCAGAGCAGAGCCCCCAGCCCGCCCCCCGCCUCCUCUUGGCAGUCUGCUUAGUCUUCUGUGUAGUCCUUUGUUCCACCCUUUGCCUCUCCCAGCACUGCUGCUCUUUUUGAGGAAUGUAGCGUCCACUGCAGCUGGCCACUUCGAGGCCCCUCUGGGAACCCCAGCACCCUUCUUCCCCACCUGAAUGCUGUGACUGCUCCUCUCACUGGAAACAUCUGCAGCAUGUAGCAUGCACCUCUAGUGCCCUGGCCAGGGCCCGGGAGCAGCAGAUGCCGGGAGAGCUGAGGCUUGAGAUUACUUUCUCUCUGGGCCUACAGCCAGCACCUCCCUACAAGGAAAACACACAGGAGGUCUUAACCCCCAGGGCUGCUGGCCUGAUAGCUUAGAAGGACGUGACAGUGCCUCCUUUAGCAUUGUUCUUCGACCUGUUCCUCCCUCCAGGCAUCUGAGCCUCCCACCUGCCAAAGGCGCUCUCCCACUGGCCACUGGAGGUGGAGACCAGAGCUCUUGACAUCUGGCUGCCUCAGGCAGCCAGACCCUAGAGGCACUCAUGUCCUCCCUGGGCUCUGAAGGUGGCCCUGUCCCCUUCCAGGUUUGUACUGGCAGAGUCUGGGCUGAGGAGUGCUGAGGACCGGGGCUGUGCUAGAUGAGGAGGGAAGUGGAGACUCCUGUCUGACCUCUGGGGAUCAGCUGCAUGACAUCUGUCAUGUGGGGCUCUAUUGUUUUGCUCAUUUCCAGACCAGGCCUGUUGUCUGGGAGCUUAGAUGGCCUGGGCUCUGGCCUCCUGGCUCUGUGGACAGCUCUGCUCUAGACUGCCAGCGUCACCAGCUUGUACAAGCAAUACUUACCCUCUUGCCUCCCUGCCUUCUUGUACUCCACCGCUGCCCUCUGGAAGUGGCUCCAGCCACCUCACCUGCCUCUGCUUCUUUCUACCCUUGUCUGGUUGGAGCUUCCCAAAGCCACGUAAAACCCUGAUGUGAUUUGACAGCUGGGCCCUGUUGAGGGCCCUUGCUAGGAGGACCUCUGCUAGGCAUCCUGAAGGCUGGUUUAGCAAUGCCUAAAUCUGUUUCUCCUCCGGUCUAGGGUGAAAGACAAGAGGCUGCCUGGAAGGUGAACACAGCAGCCCUUGGGUCUGGGGCUGUGGAGAAGGAAGUAGCAGCAGGCGGGGUCAAGGUAUGGGGAAAGAGCUGCAUCUGCUUUUGAGGAGCGGGUCCGGCCCACAUGCUAGAGACAGGGCCCAUGACAGGGCUGGCAGAGGAGAGGUCUCAGGGCUGAGCGCUUGGACUCCACUCCUAACCAAAGCUGAUGAGCAUGGAAGUGGGUUCUGAGGUGGUGGCUGUCCAGAGAGAAAGCCCUCUCCUCCCAAAGGGCCUCCUUCCUGGAGGGAACCCACUAGGCUGAAGUCACAGCCUCUCCCUUCCCUCCCAGGAAAACCAGGGGAAGAGCCAGGACCCCACCGGUGCUGCCCACAGACAAAAAGUGGGCAAGAACAAUAAGGAAGUGAACAGAGUACACACUGGGGGCCUGUCCCUGGCCUGAGCUCUGUGCAUGUGUCACCACAGAUGAGCAGUCACAUGGAGGAGAGAGAGGAGCCAGCUGGGCUGGGUUUUCUUGUUAUGCAGAGAUUCUCUGCCACCUCUGAGCUGGGCAACGCGUGCAUUUCUCCUGUUUCUAAAAAUGAUGCAAAGGGCUCUCUACUCUGACUCCAGAGUAGAGGUGGGAAACUCACGUGCAAGAAGGUAUUUUUAUGUCCUGUCUGAUUAAUUCUCCUUGAGAGCAGUCACUCUAAGAUGGUGUGAAAUGUGCAGUUGGAGGGGUGCGGUUAUGAGCAAGUGGAGAUGUUUGCCAAUGUGGCACUGAGCGGUGAUACUUAGACCAUGAAGUCAGGCUCUGCUGAAUGGGGGGCUAUCAAUGAGGAGCUCACCCUCGCUUCUCUAGGGACCCCCAAGACAGAGCAAGCAGGUAGGAAGCUGCCAGCAGAAGCCACUGCUGGUGUGGUGCAGGCUAUGGGCUCUGCCCCUUGCCUCCAGGCUGACUUAGUGAGCACAGGGGAGGUUCUAGCUGAUGUGUUGGUGACCUGAGCCGAGUUGCCUGCAGUCCACAGCUCCAGAACUCCCCAGGAAUUGGACACUCCAGUCUUCACCUCUCUUCCCCCUAAGCUCACCCUGUACCUGUUUUUGAGGCUCUGCACCAAAUAAGUUACUAACCCCACAAGGGUAUAGUCUUGAGGCUGGUGCAUAUGUAAUAGUUGGAUUUGAUGGUCUGGUUCCUGCUCUGGCAUCCUGGAUGCAGGGACUUGUCCAAGGCGGCUUCUGGAACUUGUCUUUCCCAGGAGAGUAGAGAGCCUAAGUGUGACACUUUACCUUUCCUGGGUAGGGAGUGUCUGUGCUUUGAAGAUGGGGGAAGAAGGAAUGAGAUCCCUCUAGAAUUCUCCCUAACUUGGGGCCAACACUCUUGGCUCCAAAUGCCCCAGGUGAAACUCAGAGCCGACGACAGGACAGGACUCCGUCACUCUGCCUUCCUCUGCUCAGCAAGGAUUCGUGUGAGAUGUGUCCCUGCAGCGAUGCAGAGCUGUGGGCAGGGACCGUGAUGGGUGACUCAGAGCAUCUGCCUGCGUGUUCUGCUCUGUUCAGUGUGUCCCACUUCCUUCCCAGACCACUUCCCUACAUGGAGGCCUGGAUGGGCCUCCGGUGUGAGCCAGGCACCAGUCACUGGGUCUGAUGAGGACAUUUUGAGCCUUCAGGGAAGAACCAUCUCCAAAAUUACUCUCACCUAGUCUCUCCUGCCACCCAGCUCUCCUAGGAAAGGAGCACUUGGCAGGCUCUCAGGGUCCAGCAAGUCCCAGGUGAUGAUGCCUUCGUUUUCUGGAGCUGAGGCAGAACCAAGGCGCUCCAGAGUGAGGGCACCAUGUAGCUCAUUACUUGUAGGGUCACUGCCAGCUGGAGUACUGGGGCAGCCAGUUCUCCCAAGGGCGUAACACGCACUGGACCUAGGACGCCUGAGCUCUUCUCUACUGCCAACCUGGAAGAGAACAGGAUGCCCCUGCCCCCGACUUAAAGACAAUAGAGACCUCCAAGGGUACUUUAGAAAUGAAAUGUAGCACAUUCCCAGACGGCUUUAUCCGGAGCCCUGGCUGCACCCAGGCUUCUUGCUGCAUAUCCUCCUGCCCAGGAUCCACCGAGCUCCCCCAUCUCGGGGCUCCAUGGCCUCCAGUACCUUCAACUCCCCCAUCUUCCACCAAGGAAGCAGCAGGGCUUCAGCAAGGCUGCUCUUUGAUUGCUUCCUGCACUGUGCAAACUCCAUGCAAGGAAUCUCUGCCUUUACUUCACCUGGUAGACGAAUUGUCCACCCGAGUGGAGGGACAGGCACCUCCUUCAGGGCCAGGAGGUUGAGUGGCAGUGAUCCUGCAGUGACUGCAAGGAGAUGGAAAAGAAGAGGGCUUCUUCCCUGCUGAUUCCUGCCUUGCCCUUCCCUCUCCUCAGCGGUUUCCUCUCCAAUAUCCUGACACGUGAAGAGAUUCUUUAAAAUGCUGCUUCCCAUACUGGAUUACCUUUCACUGAGCGGUCAGGAAGGAGAUGGGAAUGUCCCCUGCUUUCUCCCAGCAAAGAUUGGGACUGAACCAAACCACCAGGACUGAAGGGCAGGGGAGCCCCGCCCAAUCAGGUGAGGCCUGAUGGGGGCUGGACUGGCCAGGACUGGCCAGGACUGGCUGGGAAAGGGUAAUUUUGAACGUAUGCCUGAGCAUCUCAGAGCAAUGUCAGCGAUGCCAAAGAGAGUGACUCGGCCUCCUUGGGCACCGGCUCUGCCUGGAGCCUGAGUGUGGUUCAGGUGUUGGUAUGCCCCAUGGUGGGGCCUUGUUCUCUGACAAAGGGCUUAUUCUUUCCAUGUAGCAAAGCAACUCCCCCUCCCCCCAACCCUGAGCAUGGGCUUUUGUGGGCCCAGAAUGGCUGUGCCUGUGAGGGAAACCAUACCAGUGAGAGAAGCUUGCGUUCCCUCAGCAGCCUAGACUGGCUUGAGGCAAGAGCUCACUGAAGGGCAUGAGUGUUAGUGCUUUAGGAAAACCUCCAGGGUUCUGGCUGGAAACUCAGCCAGUGAAUGACAGGGGCCUUGUGCCCAUCAAGGUGUUUCCAAUGCGGCCAGAAAGUGUCCCUGGGACAGGCGUCCAGAGAGCUUGGCUAACAGAAUGGGCCCUGGGAAUUCCAGGGGCCACAGAGCAUUUGCCCCAUUGGCCAAUGGCCUGGACAGCUGGCUACUGAGAAUCAAAGGCUGUUUUAUGAAGUUUUGCCAGACUGUGACCUCCGCAAGACUCUUCAAUUGGCUGGGCCUGAGCUUCCUUAUCUGCAAAAUCAGAGCUUUUUGCUGGUUGCUCCUUAGUUCCUCCAGGUUUUUAAAGUCUGAUCUGGAGCCGAUGAGGAUAGAGAACCUGGUGCACUUGGCACCUGGCCCACGGGCUGGUUUCUUCCACCCUUGGGUGCCUGCACUGGGUUCAGGUCCUCGUCCGGCCCAUGCCCUGAUGCUGCUUCUGACAAGAACUCUGGGAAUCCUCACAUACUCUGCUUUCACCUCCUCACGGUUGAUUCUCCCUCUUUUAUUCUUGCAUAAUGAUGAGAAAUAAUUAAGGGUUGUCUACAGUGGACAGUGUUCAAGGUGCUGAUGUGAAGUCACAAUCUCACCUGCAUCCUGAGGAAGUCAGUGUCCCCACCAGCAGAUGAGGCUGGGUCCGUCUUCAUUUCUGCUUCUGGAAUGACAUGCAUGGGAGGGUUGAGCAUCUGAGAAUUUUAAAGGCGAUAUUCUCUGAUGGGAGGAAAGGGGACUUAUCUCCCUUCAAAGUAUUUUACUUUUCACAAAACCACUCCUCUCCCCAGAAUGUCUUCUACAAGACAUCAUCUCAGAAGGCAGUGGCUGCUGCUUUAGGAAAACUUGGCCUGAUUGUUCCAUCGACUCCUUUAGAAUGUAAAUUCGCAGGAGGCAGGAGCCCCUUUUUUAGACUUUCCAAAUGCAUCCUGCAAAGAAAGAGAUAGCUGACAGGGACUGACAAGCACACUGUUUAGAUAAGAAGCAAUUAGCCUUUUAUAUCUGUGCUCUAUACAUUUUCUAUGUGCAGCAUCUUUCCAAACUUCUCGUGGCUCCUGGGCGGCAGGUGGACAGCUGGGAAGGACUGCCGGCUGUUUCAUACAAUUCUUGCCAAUUCCCUUAGGGAGAAAAUUCUUCACAUGGCUUCUGCAUGUACAGUAUUUGGGCAGCAAACAAUGAUUAAAGUCAUUUUGAAAAUGG